CCCGUCAGGUGUAGUCUUCAUAAAUGCUGAUUUAUUUUUAAAAUGAGCCGGUCGAGGUACCCUUUUCUGGUCAGAUAUGGAUGAAUGUCAGACAUUUAUCCUAUCCACUGGUAGUAAAUAUUCAACCCUCGAAUCUCCUCCUUAUUUUUCAUGAUUUUUUUUAGUGCCGCUUUAACACACGAGUCUAUGGGAAAUGAAUUAGGCAUGUGAUACCUAUAGUUUAUUCCUUCCACCGUGCGACACCUUGAUACUUGAGCGCGCGCUUGAGCAACGGAGAAUGAACCGCGCCUCUCUUUCAUGCGUAACAGUCACAGACGUGAUCGUAAUACGAUCAUACUAUGAUUGAACAUCACAAUCGGCUCUUCGAAGUUAUUGGAUUAGAACCAAUUUGAUAUGAUCGGCUCGUUCAUAGUUUGACACCAUGACCCUUAUCUACAAACUUGCCUUAUUAUUACUGCUUUCAUAUGACGGGAGUUGCAGCCUUUUGACAAAGGAGCUAGUUAAGAAGUUAUUCCAUGGAGAUGAUCCUUAUGAUAGGCACAUUAGACCUGUUAUCAACGAAUCAACACCUACCGAUAUUAAAAUGCUGCUAUUUGUUUCACAAAUCCUCGACAUGGACGAGAGGUUGCAGCAAUUGAAGACUAACGUGUGGCUGACUUAUGAAUGGUACGAUGAGUUUCUUCGCUGGGAUCCUGCCGAGUACAGCGGAUUAACCAGUUUCAAAUUGACCUCUGACCUCAUUUGGAUGCCAGAUAUCGUCAUAUAUAACAAUGCUGCUGAUGCGUACAAACCUUACAUGUUCAACAAGAUUGUGAAGGUAGAACAUGAUGGUCACAUAAACUGGGCAUCGCCAUGUAUCAUCCAGUCCAGCUGUCAGCUUGAUGUUGCAAACUUUCCUUUUGAUUACCAGAAAUGUCCAAUCAAGUUUGGUCCUUGGCAACACGAUGGCUCCGAGCUAAUGCUCUCUGGUUCAGGUGAUGGGACUGUAUUCCGUAGUGAUGGGGAAUGGGACAUGAUAGGACUGAAUUACGAGACUAGUUUAAUGUCUUACCCAGAUUCGCCCGAGGCCCAGUAUUAUGACGUCACCUACACCAUCCACAUCAGGAGACGGUCUAUGUAUUACGUAUUCAACCUGCUGGUUCCUUGUAUCCUGAUCGCAUCAAUCACUCUUCUUGGUUUUCUACUUCCGGUUGAUUCAGGAGAGAAGGUAUCUCUUGGUAUUACAGUCCUUCUCUCACUCACAGUCUUCCUGCUCCUCAUAGCUGAAUCAAUGCCGCCCUCUAGCGUUGUGCCCAUUAUAGGUCAUUAUUACGUAUCCACGAUGGUCCUCGUAUCAAUCUCUAUCCUCCUAACGGUGUCAGUGAUCAACCUUCAUCAUCGUGGACCAUACUGCAAAAGAGCUCCUAUGUGGAUCCGUAGGAUCAUUCUUGGUAAUCUAGCAAAGAACCUACGGCUGCAACCUGAUGAUUUCAAGAAUGAGUUUCAUCCACAGAAAAGAGGCUUCCAUGCGAAUGGACAUCUUUCCUCUUUCCAACGUACCAGCUUCAGGAGAAGAACCCUAGAGGAAAGGGGCAAGUACCAGUCAGAGAAUAGUCAAGUAAAGCCACCGGGGGAUGGAACAAUUCAAAAUGGCGGUCGACAGGAUAACGCAAGCAAUCUGUUGUUACUACGACAGAUGAAUGAUCACAUGCGGUACAUUCGCUUUCAUUUUGAAGACGACGAUAACACCGAGGAUAUCAAGAACGAAUGGAAACAGAUCGCGCUGGUGAUCGACCGCCUCUUCGCUAUCUUCUACGUGCUUGGAUCGAUCGGGACUGUCAUGAUCCUCGUAUUCAAAAUAGUUGAUUAAUAAUUGGCAUUACUCUCUAAAUUCCGCAGAUUGAAAGGCAAUCUAAUAGCUUGUAGUCAGGAUCGAUCCAAAUCGGAUCUGAAGUUCCAGUCGGAUGAGGUAAUUCUAUUAGAUUGAAAACUCAAUCCAGAUUUGGAUUGGUCCCUGAAUCUGUUUCAAUCUGAGGAAUUUAGAGAGUAAGAUAUUGUUUGAUGCCAUCUUUUGCGGCGUUGCAGGAAAAUUAAAUUAAAUAUCAAAUCAAGCAUAAGUCCAAAAAAAACAGCACUAUAAUCCUUUGCUUAAAUCCAGAUAUUGUUUGAUAUAUAUGUUCAAUUGAAACUCAACUUUCUUGCAAUGCCUAAUUAUGCUUGAUUUGCAAUUAAACAUAAGUUUCUGCAAUGCCUAAGGAGGUCUUUUCUUGUGACCAUCAUAACAAACAUUUUAUUCACUAUCUUUCUAACCGUAACGAGGUUUCGUUGAAAUUCGUAUUUUAAAUAGCUGAGAUCAUGAUUACUUAAAAUAUUAUGGACUGGGCUUGAGAGGGAUGUCACCUUCAUUUCUCGAGUCAAGGACGAGCGCGCAAUGAGCCUAGUUCAUGUCUCAUCCAUAGGUCUCAUCCCAAGAAAGUGCGCGGUUUAUAAUAAUUAUUUGCAAAUAAGAUCUACCGCAACUUACAGUAUUCGUGAUCUCAAAAUUAUGAUCGCUAUAAGCAUGAGCAAGGUUCUCUCGUAGGUAACGUCGUCUAGAAGUGUUUUCAGUAGUGGUGUCAAAGGGUAAUUGCCUCAUUUUUCAUUUUGUAGUAUAAACAAACCUUUAAAACAAUGCGCUAUAUUAAUCUCUAUAUUGUUAUAAUAAAUUUUACUCUUUUAAUUGGGGAAAUAUUCUGUUAUAUGCCAGAUUAUGUCUACCUGCUUAUUGAAAAUAAUAGUUUUACACAUUGUAUUAAAAAAAAAAAGAUAUCCUGUUGCAUCAUCACAUUUCACGUUUUAUUGUACACCGGCCCGUAUUCUGAACUCGGGUUUAAAUGAAACCCUGGUUUAAAGUUGUGGUUUAACUAUGUAGAGCCAAUUGGGGCACAAUUCCCUAACAGUACAUAUUCCAUUUUUAAACUCAUAUAACACCCAAAUUGUUCAUAAUUGUCUGGGAAUGAAAACUGAAGUAUUUUUCCUUACUAUCAAAGCAAAAGGAAACAAAAUAGUACACACAAGAAAUAUACAAUAUAAACAGACAUUUUGAAUUUUGGCUCCCCAUAAUUUUAGCACGGAGUUCAGAAUAUGGACCAUGAAUAUAUCGAUAAGUUUAUACCGCAGAGCUGUGAAUAUAAACGAAGUGAUUUUGGCAAUGUCCAUGGUGUCUGUUCACUAAUAGCUGCAGAAUGAAAUGUGUUCAGACUUUCUACGGUCUAUCUUAGCAAAGUAAGGAAUAUAGUUCGAUUGGCAUAACACUCGGAACCCUUAUAAUAUUAAUAUGUACAUGUACUUCCAUGUAUGAUAUGUAUAUAUGUAUAAAUUUAGAUAUCUAUAUUUAUCAACACCAGAGAAAGAGAAGUACACUAACACUUUUUAUAUUAAGAAAUACUGCUUUUUAAAAUAUUUAUUAGCAUACGGCAUGUUUGGUAACAACCUAGUUGCAUUGAAGUUGACAGACAUUGGUUUUUAAAAACUUUCCAUAAGCAAAUGAUAUGAUACGCCUUGGGUAUUUCAACAAAAUAUAAAAUUUCGGUAUAUAUAAUUACAAGUAUCAUUAUAUCAUCUUCAUCAAUACUAUUACCAUGAUUAUAGUUUUUCAAUGACUACUCAUUCAGCUACGCGUUUGGCUAGCAGUCCCAUGGAUAGGAUGAUUAGUACUUUGUAUGAUGGCAAUGUAAUUCAUGCUGGAUUGUGAGGUAUAUAGUAUUUGAUGUCAAAUCACCUUUCCACAGAUGCAAAAAGGAAAAUAAGUCCGAUGUCAAAUUUAUAUUUAAAAAUAAUCUA